GUUGCAGGGCGCCCACGGCCCUAAGAGGGGUCUGUCGCCGCUGACGCGCUCUGUUUUUGGCCCUGAGGUACCUGGCCUGGUGGCCUAGGACAUUCCCGUCGCAUGGCGGAGUGCUGCGGACGAUGCCCAUGAAGUCCUUAGUCCUUCUAGUUGUGCUGUUGCUAUGGCCUUCGUCCGUGCCUACCUUUCCGAGUAUAACUGUGACGCCUGACGAAGAACAAAACUUAAAUCAUUAUGUAGAAGUUUUACAGAACCUGAUGCUAAGUGUUCCUACUAGGGACCUAGGUCAUGAGAAAAAAUCAGAAUCUCCAAGUGAUGCUCAUUCUACAGGACCAAAUGCAUCAAGAUUUAAGGAGAUAAUUACACAGGAAGGCACUUCAGCUGAAAAUGAUGGUGUAAUCAGUUCUAUCAGUGAAGGAACCACACCUUCCCCCACCGGAAGCUACACACAGGAAAUGAAUAAAAAAUCUACUAAAAGUACAGCGUUCUGGUCAAUUAAACCAAAUAAUGUUUCUGUUGUUUUACAUGCUGACGAGCCUUAUAUUAUAAAAGACCCAGAGCCAGAGCCAGAUUCAGAAGUAAAAUCCACUGAGGCACCAAAGGUAUUGCCAAGUGUUACAAAACCAUCCCCAAGUCCAGACGUCACGUCUCCAACUGUGGACACUGCCACAGAACUGGAAGAUGUCCCUCAGCUCUCGGGCGAAUAUGCAGUGGGAAACCCUGAAACAAUAACACUUGGGAGAUAUCCGCAGAUUUUGAAUAAUAAUGACAUUUUGAAGGAAAUUUCAUACAUUAAUUCACUGGCGCGAAAGACACCUCUUGCUGAGAGCCUCAGGCCGGAAUAUAGGGAGGACAUUCAAGCCUCUAGGGAGUACCUAAAGAGAAGCCUUGCUUUAGCAGAAGCAGCAGAACAUAAAUUACAAAGAAUGUAUGGAUCCCAGCUCAUACCACUCGGACGAGGCAGUAGUGGAACUGACGACAUCGAAACUGUAAUUAACCUGCUGUACAAUUCUAGGUCUAAAUUAUCUGAAUAUUUGGAUAUUAAAUAUGUUCCACCAGAGAUGAGAGAAAAAGCUACUGCAGUCUUCAAUACAUUGAAAAAAACAUUAUGUGUAGGUCGACUAGAAACUCAAAACCUUGUUAGGAAGUUAUUAAACAAUAAUAUAAAAAUGCUGCACCUACUUGAUAUUCCAUAACAAAAAUUGAUUGAAACAAACUAUGCAUUCACUUCACAGAGAAAUAAGCACAUUAGUGAUUCACAAGUUGUAUAAAAAUAUUUUCUAUUAUAGUUCAAUGUUCCAACAUCUCCACAUGUCAUUUGUUCUAAAAAUUUUCUCAUAUGCACUAAAGCCUAAUAAUUUAAAAUAAAAUUUUGGUUCAGGA